AUGUCUGGAAUGAAAUCCGUUGCGUAUUUCGUCAAUUGGCUAACGGUGAACCACAAGGCGAUCUACGGACGCAACCAUAACCCCCAGGACCUCCCCGCCGACAAGCUGACCCAUAUCCUGUACGCCUUUGCCAACGUUCGACCCGAGACUGGCGAAGUGUAUCUCUCCGACACGUGGUCUGACAUCGAGAAACAUUACCCCACUGACUCAUGGAACGAUGUGGGAACCAACGUCUACGGCUGUGUGAAGCAACUUUUCCUUCUUAAGCAGCAGAACAGAAAGCUGAAGGUUCUGCUUUCCAUUGGAGGAUGGACCUAUUCCUCCAAUUUCGCCCAACCGGCCAGCACCGAGCAGGGCCGAACCAAGUUCGCUGAGUCUGCGACUAAGCUUGUGACGGACCUUGGAUUCGAUGGCUUCGAUGUAGACUGGGAGUAUCCCAAAGAUGACACUGAGGCACAGAACUUUGUCUUACUCUUGAAGAAGUGCCGCGAGACCUUAGACAAGGCAGCUGGAGCGAACCGAAAGUUCCAAUUGACUAUCGCUUGUCCGGCUGGCUCCGAGAACUACAACAAGCUCCGGCUCACCGAGAUGACCCCUUAUCUGGACUUCUACAACCUCAUGGCUUAUGACUACUCCGGCAGCUGGGCCCAGAUUGCUGGCCACCAAGCGAACAUCAGACCGUCCAUGGAUAAGCCAGCGUCGACUCCUUUCAACACAGUCCAAGCGGUCGACCACUAUACUGGAGCGGGCCAGGUCCCCCCGUCGAAGAUUGUUUUGGGCAUGCCUCUGUAUGGACGUGCAUUUACCAACACCGAUGGUCCAGGAACUCCUUUCUCCGGCGUGGGACAGGGAAGUUGGGAAAACGGAGUUUGGGACUACAAGGCGCUGCCUAGACCUGGAGCUACCGAGCAACUCGACAGCAACAUUGGCGCCUCAUGGUGUUACGAUUCUGGCUCCCGUACCAUGGUGUCGUACGAUAACGUCGCCGCCGCAGAAAUCAAACGGACGUACAUCCAGCAGCGCGGCCUUGGAGGGGGCAUGUGGUGGGAAACGAGCGGUGACAAGGGAGGCAAGACGGCCAACAAGGCGGACGGUAGCCUGAUUGGAACCUUUGUGGAGGGCGUUGGCGGUGUUUCUGCCCUGGAUCAGACGCAGAAUGCCAUUGACUACCCUGACAGCCGGUAUGACAACCUGCGGAAUGGCUUCCACUGA